UCUCGACUCUCGCGCCUACUUCCUGCCUCCUGUCUACGUCAACCGCGUGCCCAUGACUAGACAGUCAGCUGCUGGUCAGGAGGUUCUCGUCCUACAGUCAGCACCUGGACAGGCUGGUCAGUCUAACCAAGUGCCUAAGAGUUCAUCUUCUGCUGCUCAUCCGUCCAUUCCACAGCCUCCUCUUCAAGACAGUGAUGUCAGAGACGAUGCUGCCAUGCAGCGGAUAUUUGUCUGUCUUCAGAAAAUGUUUGAAGAGAACAGAGAUGUGAUGGUUGGAAUGACUCAGCUUCAGUUUCAACAGUACCUGAGUGAACCUUGUUACGCUGCCGCCGCUACCCACCUACCCCGACCCUCCAACCUUCCUCCUUCUCUACCACACAACUGGAAACAGGGAGACUUUAAUGUGCUUGUCAUUCAUCGACAGUACGGACUGGUAAUCUGUGAGGUGAAGUCAGUGGGUGACAAUGUUCAGUCUGUAAACAUGUCACAGCAAGAUGUAGACAACAACAUUAGACAGAAACUGAGUAACGCCGUGUCACAGCUGGACAAGGCGGAGGCCAUGUUGUCUCACCUGGUGUCCGACAUCGCUCCCGGUCUGCGCAUCACUAAGGUCAUCGCCUUCCCCAACCUCACGGGUCGUCAGCUUCAACAGGCCAUCUCUGGUGACAGCCUCCUCAUUCAGGACCUGUGUCGAUGUCUGGGAACAACAGAUCCCUCCAGCAUCCCAGGAGCUCACUAA